AAUUCUGAGUCAUAACGAUUGCAAAAAGAUCUGAAAACGAAAAGGACACAUAGGGAAUUUUAAAAUUGUUAGAAAACCCCAAAAAGAGUGCUAUAGUUUGUUUCCUCGCGCACCGUCGCUCGCUUCUCUCUCUCCCUUCCAGCGACGCCGGCACUUCUGGCCUUUGAUUUUUCGCCGUCUGGCUACCUCAGGCCACGGCACCGGUCCCAAAAGAAUCGUCUCCUCCUCCUUUUCAUAGCCCAGUCCUUUUCCUAGCUCGAAAACCCAAGGUUAACCGGCUGUUUCGACUGGAAGUUUCGGCAGAAACUUCGACGUCGCCGGCAACGUUUCUUGCCACUCCAGGCCGUGCCACCACUUGGAAAAGUUGUUCUGUUUGAAGUUUUGGGUAUAGUAAGAGAGGAGGUUCGACGAUUGAUUAUGUUUGCUUCUAAAGUUUCAAGAAUCGGAGUUUUGAUACUCAAACAGCUCUCCGGAGACAAACUCACAUCCAUAACCAGAGCAGGAUAUAAUACGAGUAGUUGUUACAACCAAUACUUGCAACCUCUGUCUGAAACUAAGUUGUUGCGGGGAGUCAUAUUUCACAAGCAUCAUCUUUUUUCUACCGUUAGUGCCAGCGAUUCUUCAAAUGAAGGGAUUGAGCAGAAAGAAAAGAUAUCUGUGACAUUUGUUGAUAAGGAUGGAGAUGAGAUACAUAUUAAGGUUCCUACUGGAAUGUCUAUGCUAGAAGCUGCCCAUGAAAAUGAUAUAGAUCUUGAAGGAGCAUGUGAAGGUUCAAUUGCCUGUUCAACAUGUCAUGUGAUUGUGAUGGAUAUGGACUAUUACAACAAAUUAGAAGACCCAACUGAUGAGGAAAAUGAUAUGUUGGACUUGGCCUUUGGGCUUACGGAAAGCUCUCGCUUGGGUUGUCAAGUGAUUGCAAAACCUGAACUUGAUGGAAUUCGUUUAGCUAUUCCAGCUGCCACCCGAAACUUUGCUGUUGAUGGCUAUGUUCCUAAACCACACUAGAGAUGCUAUAAUGCUUCUGGAAGAGUUGGUUGAGUGUUACGUGUAACAUCCCAGUUUUGUAACUCCUAUAUCUUAUUGGACCAAUGAGCACAACUUGAGUCCUAUUAUUUAUUCAUUUAGUACUAAUACUGAUUAUAGAUUUGCUGCUUAUUCGCGAACUC